AUGGUGGAGGACGGCGCGGAGGAGCUGGAGGACCUGGUGCACUUCUCCGUGUCCGAGUUGCCUAGUCGCGGCUACGGCGUCAUGGAGGAGAUCCGGCGGCAGGGCAAGCUGUGCGACGUGACGCUCAAGAUCGGGGACCACAAAUUCAGCGCUCACCGGAUCGUCUUAGCAGCCUCUAUCCCAUAUUUCCAUGCUAUGUUUACAAAUGACAUGAUGGAGUGCAAGCAGGAUGAGAUUGUAAUGCAAGGAAUGGACCCAAGUGCCCUGGAAGCUCUGAUCAACUUUGCCUACAACGGCCAUCUCGCCAUUGACCAGCAGAACGUGCAGUCGUUGCUGAUGGGGGCGAGUUUCCUGCAGCUGCAGAGCAUCAAAGACGCCUGCUGCACAUUCCUCCGAGAACGGCUUCACCCCAAAAACUGCCUGGGCGUGCGCCAGUUUGCCGAGACCAUGAUGUGCGCCCUGCUGUACGACGCAGCCAACAGCUUCAUCCACCAGCACUUUGUGGAGGUGUCCAUGUCAGAGGAGUUCCUGGCCCUGCCCCUGGAGGACGUGCUCGAGCUGGUGUCUCGGGAUGAACUGAACGUGAAAUCGGAGGAGCAGGUCUUCGAGGCUGUGCUGGCCUGGGUCAGGUACGACCGGGAUCAGAGGGGGCCCUGCCUGCCUGAGCUGCUCUCCAAUAUCCGCCUGCCCCUCUGCCGGCCUCAGUUCCUGUCGGACCGCGUGCAGCAGGAUGACCUGGUGCGUUGCUGCCACAAGUGCAGGGACCUGGUAGAUGAAGCGAAGGACUAUCACCUCAUGCCGGAGCGCCGGCCCCACCUGCCGGCUUUCAGAACUCGGCCUCGCUGCUGCACGUCUAUCGCCGGGCUCAUCUACGCUGUGGGGGGCCUCAACUCAGCAGGUGACUCCCUGAAUGUGGUGGAAGUGUUUGACCCCGUCGCCAACCGCUGGGAGAAGUGCCAUCCCAUGAGCACAGCCCGCAGCCGCGUUGGCGUGGCUGUGGUGAACGGGCUCCUCUACGCCAUCGGCGGGUAUGACGGCCAGCUGCGGCUGAGCACCGUGGAGGUCUACAACCCGGAGACAGACACGUGGACGCGCGUGAGGAGCAUGAACAGCAAGAGAAGUGCCAUGGGGACGGUCGUGCUGGACGGACAGAUCUACGUCUGCGGUGGCUACGAUGGCAACUCUUCUCUCAGCUCUGUGGAGACCUACUCACCUGAGACAGACAAGUGGACAGUGGUGACCCCAAUGAGCUCGAACCGCAGUGCCGCAGGGGUUACAGUCUUUGAGGGCAGGAUCUACGUGUCGGGCGGCCACGACGGCCUGCAGAUCUUCAGCAGCGUGGAGCACUACAACCACCACACGGCCACGUGGCACCCGGCGGCCGGCAUGCUCAACAAGCGCUGCCGCCACGGGGCCGCCUCCCUGGGAAGCAAGAUGUUCGUGUGCGGGGGCUACGACGGCUCGGGCUUCCUCAGCAUCGCCGAGGUGUACAGCUCGGUGGCGGACCAGUGGUGCCUGAUCGUGCCCAUGCUCACGCGCCGGAGCCGGGUCUCGCUGGUGGCCAGCUGCGGGCGGCUCUACGCCGUGGGGGGCUAUGACGGACAGUCCAACCUGAGCUCGGUGGAGAUGUACGACCCGGACACGGACCGCUGGACGUUCAUGGCCCCCAUGGCCUGUCAUGAGGGCGGGGUCGGUGUGGGCUGCAUCCCUCUGCUCACCAUCUAAGGCGCAGGGGUGGGCCGUGGUGGGGCAGGGAUCUGGUACAAACACGGGCAGCACUCCCUCCCGGGGACCGUCCCCCUGGGGAGAGGUGCUGGACCAGACGACAAGGUGAAACGUGAGCUCGCCGGAGGUCCAGGGUUUCAGGUGCUUAAGUCCUCCUUGGCUGUGCAGCCCUUGUGAUCUUCAGGGGCCUGGGUGACCAAGAUACACAGCGGGGGACAGAGCCCCUGUGGGUCCCGCCACCGGUGACAGGGCAGCUCAGCUGGUCCACACAUCCGCGGGCUCCAUCCAAGCCCACCUCCCAGCCGCCGCAGCUCCGUGGGCCGCCCCUCUGCCGAGGGCUUUCCAUCUUGACAGUCCUCGCCCACCACGCACCAGCCGUACCGUGGCCAGUUUGCAGGGGGGCGGCUGCAGUGGCCGAGGCUGCUGGAAACUGCCGGAUGUGGCCGGGGGAGAGGGGACACAGGCCAGAGGUCCUCACUGUGAGCCUGCAGCAUGGCAGGGCCAGCUGCACACGGGCCCCUGCGCCUCCUUCCAUCCAAGGGCCCCGAGGAUUCUUGUCUACAUUGCUGAGCAAGCAGGGAGAACAGAAGCUUUUCCUGUGUCUAAUUUUGGGAUUGCCACGAGGUCUUUUUCAUCUUAUUUGAGAGAAACCGAGGGAGAAGGAAAAAAAAAAAAGAUACUUGAAGGAAACUGAAGGAAAGUUAAAGCAACACUUGAAAGAAACUGGAGGAAAAAUACUUUUUUCAAGUGAGCUUUUUUUUUUUGGCAAGAAGAAAACAUAAAAGACACUAAGGGCAGUUACGUGUUUAAAUGGAAAACCUCCACCCGCCAUGAAAAGGGUGGUACCUGCUCCCACAUUCUUCGGAUCCCAGGGUCCCGAGGCCUCGCAGGGCAUGCGGGGUUCCCUCUGAGCCCCCCGCGUGUCUGGAACCAGUGCACUCUCACCCUGUCCUGUAGCACGGUGCUCACGGGGUUUGUCUCCACACCCACUGUCAGAGGACUUUUUUAACUGUAGGCUUAGCAAGUUGGCUGUUACCGCCACCCUUCGAGGUGGGAGCUCCCAGCUUGUCGCCGGCGGCUCCGCGGGCCCCGGUGGUCCCCUCCUGCUGCCACUCGCGUUCCUCCCUUCCUUGGCGAGAUGCUCAUUUGCCCACCUGUCCUUCUCGGAUAAUUUUCCUCAUCAUGACACUUCUGAGGCACAUCGACCAUUUGUACCUCGAGAACCUAACCAGGGACUUGGUCCUUCCACCAGCCCCAGGGCUGGCUUGGUCCAGCCGCCGCCUCUCCCCCGCCAGUCCGCUGCUCCCCCAUCCACUUGCCAACUCCAGGGGUCUGGCCUCCCCUCCAGUCCUUGGCAAACCGACCAGCAAGGUGGACCUUUACACUCUCGCAAAGCCGGCUUUACGACCCAAAGAAGUAAAAGCCGAAAGAAUCUCUUGCUGCUGCAAAGAACAGAUUUUGUAUUUCUUCCUAUGAUCGUAGCAAACGACCUCUUGACUCCACGCUCCUCCUUCGCCCUCCCUGGAUAGGACCUUGACGUUGCAUAGCGGGAAACCGACAGGAGGACACUUCUGUGACCAGUGCGCUGGGCAGGGGAGCUGUUCCUCAACUGCUGCUGCCAAAAUUAGGUUUUCCUAAAAUUCUUCCAGUAGAGACUUAAGAGAGGAUACGUUUCCAACGUGAGAUUGGGUCUCAGGGUCCCAGUCUCUUCUUGGUUGGUCUCUUGCCCAUCGCCGCCUCUGCCCCGGUGUCCUGGAAGCCCUUCAGAAAGGCAGGAAGUGGCAUUCUGAGACAUCUCUCCUACCCUGGGAUCAGGAGGCUUACCAGUGUGUGCAAUCGCCAUAUUUCCAGAGGAAGUACCUUUGACACCUGCCACUUAGGUGGAGCUGGGCCUCUGCUAAAAGCGCCUGAAAAUGAUGUUUUUAUUUUAAAAGACUUAACAGUCUGAUCCAGUUUAAGCCCAGGCUCACGGCGGAGCUCCAGCAUUUCUCACUGCCUGUCUGUCUGCCUCUCGAGGUAGACUUGGAAGGAGGGUGGGGUCUGUGUUUCCCGUUAAGAGAGGAGUUUCCAAUGCACAUCUUCUUAUAAGCCCGUUCCUUUUGUGAAUUUGCAACAGCACUGACAAGCCUGAGCUGUGAAUGUGUUAAGAAUCAGCAAGUGGGCCUCGCCAGGUCCUUAGGAUGCUGACCCAGAUUUUGCCAUCGGGGUUGAGAGCUCAGUUUCCCACGAUCUGCCACUCUUGUGGUGGCCUUCCUAUACCCACUCCCACCUCCUGGCGCGGAAGUCACACUGCCACACCUGGGCUCAGUGUUGCCGAGUAAGGUGGUGCUUUGACUUGGGCUCUGAGCACAAGUGAGCUGACACCAACAUUUCACGGUCUCCACAGUAGGUUCCUCAGUCCGAUGGUCAUAACUUUUCACAGGUGGCUGGUCUGACCCUUUGGUGUUGGAGCCUUUCCAGGAAAACCAUGAAAUGACAUCACCCAGAGAUACUGUGGAAAGAAUGUGGGACAGACACUGAACAGUGAGCCUUGGGGUCCAGCUCAGCUCUGAGCAGAGGGCCGUGGCAUCAGCCGUCCUUGGGUAUUUCCGCUUAGGUAAUAACACAAGGAGCCUUCUCUUCUGGGUUUCAUCUGAGAGCAAAGCCAGGAUGGGAGCUGAAGACCAGCCUUUUGACUUGGCCACAGAGAUGUGAGUAGGUAGGAAUUCUGACUCUCCCUCCCCCCAAUUUAUUGUUUCCCAGAAACUCUUCAUUCCUUUUAUUUAUAGAACGCAUGUCUUUUGUGUUAAGAAACCAAAGAGAAAUAAAGAGUACACUCCUAAUACCUUCUUGCCCUUACCUGAUUUAUUUGUUUCUUUUAAUUAGAGGUAAAUGAUAUUUUUAUUGUAAUUCAGUGUAAAAAUAUUGAACAAAGUGAAAAUGUUUCUGUGAAAAUAAGAAAAAAGCCUAACUGGAUGGCAGAUGUAGUUUUCAAAGAGACGUGUGUGUAUUUUAUAAGAAUGGGUUCCGAUGAAAAAAUAUGCAAAAAACUUCAUGAACAUGUUGCAUGCUUGCUCCUGUCCAUAUCACCCCUUUCUUGGAUCUCCUCCCUUUCCUUUACUCCGUGCCGUAAAA